CACCCAGUGCGGGUUCUUCCAUUCCAUUGCACAAUUGCAAGUUUAACAGACUCAUCUAUCCCCAAAGUCUUUCAGCGUUACUUUCUUCUCCGAUUGAGUACCAUUCAUUAUGGAGUACACUAAAGAUAAUGUAUCAUCACCCAAUCCUGUUUUCUUGCUGCUCACAAUUCUCAACUGCAUCUUUAUCAUUAUUCUUAAAGACUUGUACUCAACUUUUUGCCAAGUCCCCAAGGUGUUUUUGUACUUCUGGAGGGUUUGGGUCGAGAGCAAGUCCUCUAGAAUACAAGUUGCUACCAAGAAGCUUUGCAUUGACAGAAAUUUAAAUCAGAAGCUGGAGCCACAAGCAGUGGAUGUGCUGACGGAGAAACCACAGACCAACUGCUUUCAUCGCAAGAAUUUAGAAGAACUAAGUAUAGGAGAGGUGGCAAUGGUGAUGGGGCAGCUGGGAACUUGCUAUGACCCUGAAGGCGACAAGCUACAAGAUAGGAUGAACUCAAAUGACAUUACUGCUCUGUUUGAAGAGCAGGAGCCAUGCCUUCAGGAAGUCAGAGAAGCUUUCUCUAUGUUCGAUAAAAAUAACGACGGUUUCAUCGAUGCAAAGGAGUUGAGAAGAGUCCUUAGUACAUUGUGCAUCGCACAAGUUUCAGAAGCAGACUGCGUAAGGAUGAUUAGAGCGUAUGAUGAUAAUAGAGAUGGAGUGAUAGAUUUCAACGAAUUUGUAAAGCUCAUGACAAACAGUUUUAUCUAAAUAAUAAUAUCUUGGCCUUCCUUUCAUUUCA